ACUUGACACCGAUAGUGUGUUCGGAGGAGAGAUUGAAAGUUUGACACUGACAUUGCUGUCUGAUCUGCAUAGCUGAGGAGUAGGUCACCUUUUGAGUCAGUAUGAAUGGACCCUUUAGUCCCCGGCGAGAACCAGCACCUGACCUCUCCUGUUUGCUCCAGUACAACGAGUGGCUGGCAUGUAGGCAUGAAGCCAGUUUGCUGCCUAUGAAAGAAGAUCUGGCCAUCUGGCUAAACGGAAUCCUUGGUCUGGAUAUAACAGCUGAGAGUUUCAUGGACAGACUGGACACUGGCGUGGUCUUAUGUCAGCUUGCAGAAGAGAUACAAGAGAGGAUGAUUCUGGCCAGCAGUGGAAAGCCCUUUAUUCGGCGUGUGAUUCGCUGGCGUGCUGAUGCAACCCCAGGAUCAUUCUUUGCUCGGGACAAUGCAGCUAACUUCCUGUACUGGUGCUGUAAAAUUGGGGUGGCGCAGUCACAUCUUUUUGAAUCUGAAGAUCUUGUUCUUCAUAAGCAUCCCAGGGAUGUUUGCUUGUGUCUCAUGCAGCUCGGAAGAAUUGCUUCAAGGUAUGGAGUUGAGCCUCCUGCACUUGUAAAGCUGGAGAAAGAGAUUGAAAAAGAGGAAGAUGGGUGUUCGUCUCCAUCCAUGUUCUUUGCCUCACCUCUGCCCUCUCCAUCCACUCCACCUCUGUUUUUUCAACCUGAUCCAAACCCCCCUCCAAUCAUACAAUCUUCUCCUCUCCCCACGUCUACACCACCUGCCUCACCAACUCCAUCCCCUCCCCUGGACCCCCAUCCCUCUCCUCCUUUGCUCCCCACCCCUCCCCCUGAUUCAAUUUCUCUGUCCUCCACCCAGUCAAAACCUCACCCUGAUUCACCCUCUACACCAUCACCUGUUAGCACAUCAAUCAAAUCUUCAUCAGCCACACCCACAAAAUGCCAUGCGAAGUUCAACAGAAAAAAGAGCACUGGCAACCUGCUGGAUGAUAUUGCGAGUGUUUUCUAUCACAAACCUCUAUACUUCACUCCUAAAUUCUGUAACUUUGACCUCUUUAAUCUAAGCCAGGUGUUAUGCUCUAUUUUGUUUCAGGUAAGACAGAUAUCAGAGGACCCACCAUGCAAAUGUCCAGUCAAAUUCUGCAUUGAGAAGCAGCCCAAAGGCCAUUAUCGUGUUGGUGACAAAGUUCUCUAUGUCAGGAUGUUGAAUGAUAAACAUGCCAUGGUGCGUAUUGGUGGCGGAUGGGAGACAUUUGGUACAUACCUGUUAAAGCAUGACCCGUGCAGGAUGACUGCGAUUGCCCGGCCCGGAAUCAAAACCAGGAAGUCCCCAGUCAAGAGAGAGCUGUCCCGGGACAGUUAUCUGGUCGUGGGUACUCACUCCCACUUCAAGAAGUAACACUUUAAAAACAUUUAAGCAGGUGUGAUCACAAAUUCAAGAGUAAAAGCUUUUUUCUGGGAGGAAAGCAGCCCAGGUGGCUAAAAUCUUGUAAAUGACCCGGUGUGGUUUCGGUUUUAGAACAGAACAAUAAAGAAUGUUGAACGGUACUGUACAUUCAGUAGAUUGUUCUUAUAUAGGGUAGAAUUAACAUAUGUUAUCAUAUCAUAUUGACUUUACUUACAGAUAAUUAUGAUUUGUUCUCCCCACUUUUAUAAUGGGAAAUUCUAAAAACAUAAAGGGCAGGAUUUCUGUUAAUGAACAGUUUACUUUUAUAAUCUAAAAUAACUUGCUGUAUUAUCUUAAAUGGAACUUGAAAAAUUUCUUCAGUCAUCCUCUAGGUGGUGCCCUGUAUUGCAUUUUGAGCUGUAUUUUAGGACUAUGCAUAAAACUACUGCAAUACCAUCCUGUGCUCAGAGGUCUGUGGACAUAAUGGUGUGCAAACAAACUACUCUACUCACCCUUUAUACUUCAAUAACAUAGAUUUUUUUAACAACUUUUGCAUUGCAUGUUCUUCCAGUAGCAUAUCGAGCCAAAUUCAAUCUAGUUGUCAGACUCUGAAUAAAAUAUUGGUUUCUUUGAUUUGUGUAUUUAAGAUUUUAUAAUGCGUUUAUACAUUGUGAAAACUUUCCAACUUGACUAUCAAUAUAUAUAUAUUUCUUUUAGCAUAAUCGAUUGAUGAAAUAUAAAGAAGUACCUCAUCAUGAAAUGCUACUAAAUUUUAUUUCUUAAAAUAAAAGUCAUUUCAAAAAUCGACACAGAUUUUAUACACUUAAAUUAAUCAAUAUGACAGCAUGCAGGACAAUGACACGUUCAAAUGAAUCUGCAAAAACUGCUUGUACCCCAAAAAUAAAUAAAAAAUGGUGCUACUUUAAUUGCCAAAGAAAAUGGCAAAUUUUAUACAAAUCUCACCAAAAA